AUGGGAAACACACUCUCCUACCAAGAAUCCCUCCACGAGAUAAAUCUCGGCAAAAAAGGAAAGAUUCAAGGAACUCAAUACGACAACAAAUCCCGCAGAUAUGCCGGAAUCCCCUAUGCAUUACCCCCAGUAGGCGUGCAUCGCUGGCGAAAACCCCGCCCAUUACCAGAAAAUCACACAUAUACGCAGCCUGAUGGCAGCGCGUUCGAUGGAACGUGUUUCUAUCCUAUUUGUCCCCAGGAAGCAUAUGCCGGUGGGGCGGAAAAGGAUCUGGACUCAGAAUCGUACAGUGAAGAUUGUUUACGGCUGAAUAUUUGGACCCCGAACGACGAUCAUCGGAGUUCGGGCUCGAAAUGGCCCGUUGUACUUUGGUUUCAUGGCGGUUGGUUUCAGUUGGGUGAACCACUACAGGAAUUGGGUAUGGACCCCACUGAAAUGAUCUCAACUGGAAAAUUAAAUGCGAUUGUGGUGGGUGUUGGGUAUCGGCUUAAUCUUUUUGGGUUCCUUGCUGGUGAGGCUCUACUGGAGGAGAGUCAUGGUGAGAGUGCGGGGAAUUUCGGACUCUGGGAUCAGAGAUUAGCGAUGGAAUGGGUCGUUCAGAAUAUUGAGGCGUUUGGUGGUGAUGUUGGCAAUAUUACUCUUGGUGGACGCAGUGCGGGCGCGUAUGCGGUUCACGCGCAGGUGCUUCAUGACCUUCGAUCGGAGGAUGAGGAGCGCCUUGAACUUUUUCACAGAUUUUAUAUGUACUCCAAUGCUAUACCAGCUCAACCUAAGGCAUUAAAGGAUGUUAAUCCUCAAUUUGAGGAGCUUUGUGAAUAUUUCAAGGUUGAUCAUACCUUGUCUGGACCGGAGAAGAUUGACAAGCUGAGGGAGAUCAGUUAUGAAGAUCUUGUCGCUGCGAUGAAGCAUCUUAAGAAUCAUACCUUCCGACCUGUCACCGAUGAAUUGUUUAUUUUCUCGGGAUUUACUGAAUACCAUCGCAGUGGUGCUUUCGCUGAGCAGUUUCGGAAAAGAAGACUCAAAGUACUUAUUGGAGAAGUCCUCAACGAGGAAACUCUCUACGCAACGUACAAUACUCCCGAACCGAAUAUUGAUUCUCUGCGAUUGCAGGUUUCGAAUUACUAUGCUCCUGAGACGACCGAUCGCAUUUUACAUGCCUACGACUUGCCCUCAACCGCUGAUCCCAAGGCCUGGAAAACGGUCUAUGGGAAUAUUAUUGCGGAUGGACAGGUUCGAGCUCCGACUCGUUGGCUAAUUCACUCUCUUUACGAUCAUGGAGUUUCUUUGAGGGAUAUCUGGCGAUAUAGAGUGGCAUACAGAUUGUCUUUCAUUACUGAUAAGGUUGCUCCUCGGUCUUAUGGUGUAUCUCAUGCAAUGGACAAGCCAUUUUGGAAUUUUGCCAUUCUGCAUGGCCCAACUGAUGACGAGAGAAUUCUAAUGGAGGGAUGGAUUGAAGCUUUUGUGGCGUUUGUGAAUGACCAGGAGUACCAAUAUGGCACGAAUGCUAUUGAUGAAAUGCGAGUUGCUACACCCGAGGGCAAGAUCGAGAUUCAAAAAGAUGUGCGAUGGGAUGAUUUGGUUAAACUUGGAGAGAUCUUUGCCAACGACGUUUGA